UAAUUCUUCAGUUAGACACUGCGAAAGAAGCAAAAGAUAGUGCUAAAAUGCAGAAUUUGUACAAGAUGGUGGAUAAAGUGGAUGCUUAUCAGAAAAGGCUUCUGGACAGCUGGAAAGUUAAGCAGAGUGCUGUAGAGAAGCAGCGCCAGCACUGCCUUACAAAAAUGGUUGAUCUGUUUGCCCAGCUCCGUUCGAGUGCCCAACUCCACCUCAUCAAUCCAUGUCCAUUGAUAGUUAAAGCAGAAGAUAGCACAAAGAAGGAGACCUUCCACAUGCCUCACAUUAGAUCUGUCUUCUUGAAGUCCAGGGUUUACAAAAGCCCCCUGGUUAGGGUGAAGAAAUCUCAAGAUUUCACAGUAACAGCUAUGGUCAGAAGAAAGCCAAGCAGUGAGCAAAUAGAAUCACUGUGGAAGACAGAUAUCACAGAACUGAGUUUUCCCCUUGGACCCAAAGUACCUGUGUCUUUUCUGUGGUCUGAGUCCUGUGGCUUUCCAGAUAUUCCUAGAUUUUUGGAAUUAGACAUUUCUUCUGUUAGGGGGAAGCCCCUUCGACAAAUAGAGACUCGGAUUCAGAAUAUUCCCAGAUGGAAAAUAUCUGGAUAUAAUUUUAAGCAUUUUUAAAUUAAAUAAUAAUUAUAAUUAGUUUCAAUAUGUUAAAACAAUGUUAUAAAAAGGAUUGGAUAACAAUCUACAGUAUUUAUUGUAGACCUGAUCCAUUUAUAUUUUUCUGAUAUUUGUAUUAAUUUAUUUAACUGAAAGUUUUAUUAGUUUAGCUGAUACUUUACUCUUCAACAGAGAAUCCAAGAUACUUAAAAAAAGAUUUAGAUAAAUCAGCUUCAUAUUAUAAAACAACCAACAAAUAAAAACCUUUAUAAAACAUGU